CGGGUGCAAGCGUAGGUCUAAGUUCAGUAUGUGAUCAGUAGGUACGAAAAGAGGCCUCCAACACCCGUCGAGUGCUGUUCGCAAGCACUGUUCCUACGCAUACCAUCGCAGCAUCCUGCUUACCCUCCAGUCGUCCAUUUGAGGUCUUCGCCUCGAGUGCGAGACGCCAGUCCUGGAGGCUUGCAACAACCUGGCCAACGAAGCAUCUGAAAAAAGCACUUUGAACCACCAUGGCAGAAUCCAGCAUUACAGUCGCAGUUCGUGUGCGCCCCUUUAGUGCCAAAGAGGCGGCCCUUCUCGCUCCCGUCGACACCUAUCAACCUUUCCUUGGUGACGGCGGGCUGGGCGGCUCGCCCUUCAAAGCUCAACAGCUCGGCGCAUUCCCUAGCUCGGCGGCGGCCUCCACGAACUUGGCAACCGGUGCAGCGGCGUCUGGUGGCAGCAAUGCAGCCGCCGGUCCUGGCCCUGGCUCUUUGCGAACUAAAUACCUGCGCUCCAUUGUCAGCCCCGUAGACGACAAGGUGCUCAUUUUUGAUCCUCCAGAUACUAACCCGCUCACUCGGCUGUAUGCUUCAACUGCCAACACGUUUGCUCACGGUGCAAGAAGAUAUAAAGACGUGCGGUACGCUUUCGAUCGAGUCUUUCCCGAUCACAGCACACAGCAGGAUGUCUUUGAGAAUACGACCAAGCCGUUGCUUGACGGCAUUCUCCGAGGCUACAAUGCCAGUGUUUUUGCCUAUGGAGCAACAGGAUGCGGCAAAACACAUACCAUCUCGGGCACGGCAGAGGAUCCAGGCAUCAUCUUUCUGACCAUGCGGGAGCUCUACCAGCGCGUAGCGGACUGCAACGAUGAGAUGGAUGUCAAUAUCCGACUGUCCUAUCUGGAAAUCUACAACGAGACUAUCCGUGACCUCCUGUCCAAUGAGCCGACCCCACCAGGCCAAGGGCUGGCCCUGCGGGAGGAUUCGGCGAACAAAAUCUCCGUCGUCGGCAUCUCGGAGCAUUCUCCACAGAGCCCGGUGGAGGUGCUAGAUAUGAUCACAGAAGGCAACAAGAGGAGAACCAUGUCACCGACAGAGGCGAACGCCGUUUCUUCACGCAGCCAUGCCGUUCUCCAGAUUAACGUCACCCAGCGGCCACGCACCGCCGGCUUGAUUGAAGAGAUGACGAGCGCCAGUCUGAACAUCAUCGAUCUCGCUGGUAGCGAGAGAGCGGCAGCGACGCGUAACAACGGCCAGCGAAUGAAAGAAGGAGCAAACAUUAACAAGUCGCUUCUCGCACUUGGUAAUUGCAUCAACGCGCUAUGUCAGUCUGGCGGGCAGAAAGGCCGUCAUGUCCCGUACCGCAAUUCUAAGUUAACGCGACUGCUCAAGUUCUCCCUUGGUGGCAACUGCAAGACGGUGAUGAUCGUCUGCGCAAGUCCAUCCUCUGCUCACUACGAAGAGACGCACAACACGCUCAAAUAUGCCAAUCAAGCCAAGAACAUCCGCACCAAGGUCACGCGCAACCUGAUGAACGUCGACCGACACGUGGCGCAGUACGUACAGGCGAUCCACGAACUCAACGAGGAAGUCGCGCAGCUCAAAGCCAAGCUCGCCGAGAAGGGCCAACUGGACUCAGCCGCCGAGAAGCGCCGCAAGGCCGAAGUGGCAAAGGAAGUGGAAGAGGCAAAGCACAAGAUGCGCGACAGCACAGAGCGCGUAAAGAACCUCGUCUGCGAAAAGUCUAGCUGUGAGGCUGUGCUCGAUGCUGCACGACUCAGAAGCACAAUCUUGCGCGCAAGGCAGCAGACCGUGGCAUCAGAAAUCCAGACCACCAUUGCUUCAGGGAACGCUGCACCAUCCGACCUCGAGAGUGAGCAAGAUAUCCUCGAACAGAUGAUCGCUCAGGCGGACGCCAUCGCAACCGACCCAGCUCUUCUCGCUUCGAUCCGCAGUCUUAACAACUCGCUGCAAAUGCAGCAAGCAAUCAUCAUUGCUGCUUCACACAACACUCGCUUCGACGCCGACGCCAGCGAGACGAUCAAGAACCUCGGGACGACGUUCCAGGCGGAGAUCAACGCUCUGCGCUGCACGGUGAAGCUCGAAGCGAUGCUGGAAGCGGUGCGCGAGAGCAACCUGACGGCACAAGUGAUGACCACCCUUGCUACACGCUGCACCGUCGCUGCCAAAGAGGCGGCCGGAGAGCUCGAUUACUACGCAGGUAGGAUGAAAGCGGGCGACACGAUCGACGGCUUGCAGAGUGCAAUCUCGUCGCUCGCCGGUCAAUUCAGGGAUGUCGCUGCUGUGAACGAUUCAACGUUACUCUCUGCGACGGGAGCCCGAACUGCUACUGUUGCCGCCCCCGCUGGCGCACCGACGCGAAAUUCUGCCAUCCGGCGUGCACGACAAUCGCUUUCGCAGGCGGCGCUUCCGAGCCCAUCACCAGCCAAGCGCGUCGCGGUGACAGCGCCCGCGCCCGUACCUGCGCCCGCACCCGCUCGUAUGGCGCAUCGUCAGUCGCUGCAGACGUCCGGCGGCGCAUCGCACGGCUUUCUCGCUCCUACACCUCUUUCGCCCAUCACAGCCUCCCCAGCGUGCGCUCAGCGGGUCAGCACGGGCUAUGCGGCUCCGACAGCUGCAAGCCGUGCGCAUGUAGUCGGCAGCCCGCGCAUCAGGGUCAUGAACAGUCCCCGUCGCAUGACGCGCCGACAGAGCCUGAUGGCGAUACGGCGAACAAGCUCAGUCAGCGCGACCAAUGCUGCGGGAGCCAAGCCCGCAGCAGCGGUUGCUGAUAAGAAGAAGGCUUUUAGAUGGGCAGACGAAGCCGGGGAGGGCAAGAUCGACGAUGCUGGUUCUCCGCUCAAGAUGAAAUCUGCAGCCUCAGUGCAUCCACUGCGGCAACAUAUUACUUCAAGAGGUGACGACAUGGAGCCGCCGACAACGACAUUGCUCGAUGGCGCCCAUCACUUGCGCAUAAAAGCGAACAGCGAGUGGGAAGAUGUUAUGCUUGGGGAUCAGCCCGCCAAGCCUCCAUCUGCUAGUACUGCACGUCAAUCAAUAGCGGCCAAGCGACUGCCGAGCUCACGAAGCGGGCCACUGAAUGCUGGCAGCAAGAACGGUAGCGGCGCUGUUACAGCACCCGCCAAGCGCUCGGCGUCCACCAGCUCGAUCGAGCAUGAUAAGUCUAGCGACGAUCUCGUCGCUUCCAUCUCAUUGUCAUCAUCUACAGCGGGGGCCGCGCCAUCCGACCAGCGAGCCGCUGCGUGCCGAUCGUUCGAGGUAGCCGGCAAGUCGAGACCCGCAGCAGAAGCGGAAGGCGGGGACGCAUCGCGCCCCAGCGAGCGCGUCCGGCUCUCUCUCAGCGGCAACAGCAACAACAACAUGGGUAGUGCCCCUUCACUGCCAUCGACUCGUGUCGCAUUCUCCGACGUUCGCAAUAUCUCUGGUAGCGCAUGUAAUGCCCCGUCCAAUUCGGCGUUCGCGAACAACGACGAGAAUGCUUUCGAGCAUCAAGGCAACCAGCAGUGUCCUCUAGUACACGGCAGCGAGACGCGAGGGACGCCGUAUAAGCGGCGCGAGAGUAGCGGCGGGAGCGGCAGCCGCGUUGGACCUGUCCGACGUGCUCGCGGCAGUCUCUCCUCCUCUUCUUUGGCCGCAAACUCCAGUGGGGCACUGAAGCUUGGUAGUGGUAGCAAGGUACCCGCGGCCGGGGCCCUCGCUUCCCCUGGUGCGCUGGCGCUUCCUCCUGUCUUUGCAGCUAUCGCCAAGGAACGAGAUGCGCUCGCUUCGGCCUCUGCUGCUGCUGCACCAGGACCUGGCGGGGAGUCUGCCCCCGCGAAGCCAAAGCCGCUUGCCAGGGGACCACCUGGCAACACGGCAGCGCGAGCCGCGGCCGCGGCCGCUGCUGCGACAGCUGGUAACGUCAAUGCGGACUCUUCCUCAUCUUCGGCUUCAACAUCUACCAUUGCCGCUCCGCCCAGCAGUCCGAGCACCAAGCGGGGUGUCGCGCGACGCGUCGCUGCUACCACGCGUGGUAUCGCUAGCGGCGGCGCACAAGCGCGACGUGUCUCGUUGAAUGUAGCUCAGCCGCAGCCAGGGGCCGACGCUGGUGCUGGAGCUGGAGCUGCCGUCACUCGCCUCGAGUCCCGAGCGGGUGCUGCGGUAUGGACCUGAACCUGAAACCGACGAAUGGAGGUGAUCUGGAGAUUUUCCAUUCUACACAUGUACUUCUCUUUUGGUAGCACUUGUAUCCCGC